AUGCUCGUAACCGUAACGGAAAUUGUGGUUUACGGUUCGUAUCCCGUCGCUCGUAAAAGACCAACGAAUUCUUCACCAGGAACCGGAUCGGAUCCUACGACCGUAUCCGAAAAUAUGAUCCGUGUCAAGGAAUCAAUUGGAAGAGUAUUGGAAGCGGAUGGCCGGAUACGAAGUCAGAUUCCCAUUGCAGGAAAUCAUGGGAAAGUCAUUGAUCCCGCCGGUUCUUUCGUACAGCUUUGA